UGAAGGUGUAACUGGUCUGUGUGAACCAAAAAAAAAAAUGUUGUAUACUAUUUCUAAAAGCCAAGUAAGAAGGAAUGUAAUAUAUUCAAAGUGUUAUUGGUGUCAACCAAUUUGUGGACGAAUAAAAUGAAUUAUAUUUUACCUAAUUCUACACAAGAAGUUCCCACUGAAACUCGUACAACAUUACAUGAGUACGCUGCGAAGGGUGAUGAUAAUAAUUUAAUCAAACUAUUGAAAAGCAAUAAAUCUUGGCUCUGGAAAGAACCUAAAUACGGUAAUACGCCUCUACAUGAAGCAGCAGCCAAAGGCUAUAGCCGUUGUUUAAUUAUACUGUGUGACGUCAUUGAUCAUAUACAAAUUAAAACAAAAAUCGAUUUAAAGAAUAAUGAUGGUUUCUCGGCUCUACAUUUGGCCGCCCAAAAUGGUCACAAUCAGUGCUGUCGUGAGCUGUUGAAACGUUCAGCCAGUCCUAAUAUCUGUAAUAAUUAUGGUGACACUCCACUGCAUACAGCCUGUCGUUAUGGUCAUGCUGGAGUACUGAGAAUACUACUUUCGGCCUUUUCAAAUCCAAAUAUACAAAAUAAUAAUGGUGAUACUCCUUUACAUAUUGCCUGUGCUAUGGGUAAGCGCAAGCUUUCAAAGAUAUUGCUGCAAGCUUAUUCAAAUUUACAAAUUAAGAAUUUUCAAAAUGAAACUCCCUUCGAUAUAGCUAAAAGAAAGAAUCAUCAUGAUAUUCUACAUAUUUUGCAAUCUUCCAAGUUGUUGCAUUUAAAGGAAAAUGUAGAUAAAUGUAAAAUGAAUUUAUUCUCUAACGAUUUAAUGUUUUCACCUUAUGGCUGUCAUUUGUUACCCGAAACUCGUUCAAUAUUUUUAACUUAUGUGGAACAUUUGCCGAAAUUAUCAUUGAGAACGGGGGAGCAGUAUUAUUUUGAUUUGGCGGGUAAUUUACAAAAAGGACCGAAAUGUAUUACAAACAAGUGUUAUUGUAAACCGUUAAUAAAACAUGAUUAGUUUUAAGAAUAUACGAAUUUCUAAAAAAAUUUUAGUUAAAGUGCGAUUUUAAGUAAAAUUUAAAAUAUUUUUAAAAAGUGUAAAUGUAAUUUUUGGAAAUUUAGAAAAAUGCAAUGUGUGGAUAAUUGCUACUUCAGAAAUAUAGAAUUUAUAGAUAAUAGAAUACUUUUGUGAAAAUUUUGAAUUAUUUUUUAUAUAAAAAAAGUUUUUUUUACAAUUUUUCUAGAAAUAAAAAGUUUUCUUUCAAUAGAAAA